CUCCGCCCGCUGCCCGUAGUUGUGUCGAAAGUUGCACUGCACGGCCCCAAGAGCCUCAGAGCGAAGUGUGUGCUGAGUCGCGAUAUUACCUGGGCGCAGCCCCGCACCUUUCCCAGCCCGCCCGUGUGGACUUCCUCUCUCUUCUCUCCCUGGAUCCUCCCUUCUUGGCCGCCGGACUGGAUUCCUCCGCAGCUCUGCUCUCUCUUCCCAGGCACUGCCCCUCCAGUGCCGCCUUUUCUUUUUCUUCCCCUCUUAAGCCCGCCGCCAUGUCUCGCGCUACCCCGACGAGGCAGUGGUUCCAGCCAGGAGAGGGCAUCGCCCGCGAGGUCAUCACCGCCGAUAUCCAGCGCUACCUGGGCCCCGACGCGCUCGUCAAGCCCGGUAUUGGCACUGGCGAGUAUGAGGGCGUCGAAGGAUAUUGGAUAACUGCUUAUCGCACCCUUACUUCGCAAAUGGUUCAAGAUUUAAGACUGGACUCUCAGCGGUGGCGCGCUGAAGUUCAGCAGGGACGAGUUGCCUACCAAGACUCAAGGACACACCAGUCGAGGCAGUACUAUGGACCAAGUACGCCCGCUCCGGAACAAUCUUAUGCACCGCCUGCCGCCGCCCAGGUGUACCCGGACCACCCGUCGGCGGCAGGAUACCGCGGGGCACCGCCCCAGGCGGCCUAUGGAGGAGAUUAUACCUAUGCGCAGCCGCAAACAGGAUAUGCCCAGCAAGGAGCCCACUAUGUGCCAGCACCGGGAUACGGAGGAGGCCAAGUAAGGACAGCACCGACCUAUGGUGCCUACAGCCAGCCGUCCGGCAGGGAAGCGGAGCCAUACCCCUCGCACCACCCGGGGCACCAGGACUCGCCCAGAUAUGCUUACCCUCCUUCCACGUCGGCGCCGCCGGAACGCGUCUACGCUCCGCCUCAACCAAGGUACUUUUUUGGUCACAUGCCGCGGACUUGUUGGAUUUGAGCUAAGUUUCCUAUAGUUCAUCGCAACAGUACUACUACG